AUGUCAACAAAUAGAACUCUAACUCUUCAUACAUUGCCUGUUGAAUUAAUUUAUUGCAUAUUGGACAAUCUUGAUGAUUUAACAAUUAUUCUGUCACUUCGCAAUGUUUGUCUACAACUUAAUGCUAUUAUUGAUAUCUAUCCUCGAUAUCAGACACUCACAACGUUAAAUCUUGCGCACAAUAGAGUUGGUGCAAUAGGAACACAACAUCUCGCUCUAGUUUUACGUAAUAAUAACAGCAUGCUUACAAUGCUGGAUCUUGACUGGAAUUAUCUUGGCGACGAAGGAAUACGAUAUCUAGCUUCCCAAACGGAAAAUAAAGCAUAUACAACAAUUCCAAUCUUUGAGAAUAUAACGGGAGUGCUUAGAUUCUCGGGACGAUGUUAUAAUCCAGAGAAUACAACAAAAACCUUAGGAGUACGUAAUGCACUCACCACGCUCAAUCUUCGCGGAAAUAAUAUCAGUGCAAUAGGAGCAAAAUAUUUAGGUCAUGCAAUACAGAACAAUACAACGUUGACUACACUGAAUCUUGAUAUUAAUUCUAUCGGUGAUGAAGGAGUACAACAUCUGGCUCUUGCAUUACAGAAUAACACUACACUAACCACACUUAGUCUUCAGAUUAAUAAUAUUCGUGCAGAAGGAGCACACUAUUUGGCUAUCGCAUUACAAUGUAACCAAACACUCACCACACUCAAUCUUCAGAACAAUUGUAUUCUUGAGGAAGGUGCACGAUAUCUAAUCAACGCAUUACGUAGUAACAACACACUAACUAUGCUCAAUCUUCAACAUACCGAUAUUCGUCCUAGACAUGAACAACGUUUCAUAAAUGCUGACAAUCAUAUAUUAGCAAUAAUUCACUUUUAA